UCGCGCAGGUUGCUGUGGCCGCGAAGAGUUGGAAGGGAUCCCCCCCCCCCCCUUUUUUUCUUCCUUCUCCUCCUCUUUGCACAUCUGAGGGCGGCAACGGGGCUGGCUCCCCCCUCCCGGAGGUCGCCUUUGUUUUCCCCGUGUCGCUCUCCCGAGCAGCCGGGGGGGCGGGAGGGGCCGGGGCUGAGCCGGGCUGGGCUGUGCCGGGCUGGGCUGGGCUGGACCGGCCGCCCCUUCUCCUCCUCGCCCCGCCGGACCCCGCCGAGUUGGUGCCGUUCCCCCGGGCGGCACUUUCCCCCCACCCCGGGGCUGAGCAGCCGCCGCACCCCGGGACCUCCAUGGCACCGUCGCGAUGUUCGUGUCCCGGGUCCUGGAUUUCCAGAAGACGCGCUACGCCAGGUUCAUGAAUCACCGUGUCCCGUCCAACUGCAGGUACCAGCCGACGGAGUACGAGCAUGCAGCCAACUGUGCCACCCACGCAUUCUGGAUCCUGCCCAGCAUCCUCGGCAGCUCCAUCCUCUAUAUCCUCUCUGAUGACCAGUGGGAAACCAUCUCAGCCUGGAUCUAUGGUUUUGGCUUGUCCAGCCUCUUCAUUGUCUCCACUAUUUUCCACACCAUCUCCUGGAAGAAGAGGCAUCUCAGGACUGUGGAGCACUGCCUGCACAUGUUUGACAGGAUGGUGAUCUACUUCUUCAUUGCAGCAUCCUACGCUCCCUGGCUGAACCUGAGGGAGUUGGGUCCCUGGGCCUCCCACAUGCGCUGGAUCAUCUGGAUCAUGGCGUCUUUUGGGACCGUCUAUGUGUUCUUCUUCCAUGAGCGCUUCUCUGUCGGUCACAGGUACAAGCUGGUGGAGCUGGUGUGCUACGUUAUCAUGGGCUUCUUCCCCGCCUUGGUCAUCCUCUCCAUGCCCAACAGGGAUGGCCUCCCGGAGCUGGUGGCUGGUGGCUUCUUCUACUGCCUGGGCAUGGUGUUCUUCAAAAGCGACGGCCGCAUCCCCUUCGCCCACGCCAUCUGGCACCUCUUCGUGGCCAUCGGAGCUGGAAUCCACUACUACGCCAUCUGGAGGUACCUCUACCGGCCCGGAGCGCUGGAGACCAAAACGUCCCGGUAGAAGCCUUAAAGACGUUUUUUGUGCCAACAGGCACACGGGGGCAUGGAGGGCAGUGGGGAGGGAGCCUGCACUGUGGGCUCGCCCCAAACCACCCCCUGGCCCCGCAGGCAGCAGCCGCUGGUGCCCCUCCAGCACAGACAGGAGAGCCUGGAGGUCGAUUUUAAGCAUUUUUCCUUUUUAACCUCGGGAACUGUUCUAUUUUUUUAGGCAAAGGUUUCAUAACAAGGUAACCGACUGAGGGGCUGUGCGUAAUAGGGGGCUUCAGGUACUGGACUUGCCAGGGGCUUCACUCACUCACCUGGCCUUGAGCAUCCCAUGGGAGUGAGGACCUUGGCCCCACAUGCCCCUGGCUAGUGACACCCUGGGUUUGGCUACUGGAGUCUUUAGCAUGAGCCACCCAGGGGACUGGAGGUGUCAGGAUGGGGGGAAAGACCCAGUGGUGGAGGAGGGGCAUGGUGACAGCCCUGCACCACUUGGACUCGGCUCCUAAGUGGUCCUAAGUUGUGUCAGCAUUAACUGCUCCCUCCCAAGUGCUUGACAGGAAGGUCCAGACUCAAAAAGCCUUAUACGAGAUUGAAACUUGAAUCUCUUCCAGGGCACCCCAGUCCCCGAGCACUGGGAAACCCCUUCUCUAAGCCAAUAUUAAGUGCACAACUUGGUUCAUCCUCCUAGAUGGGCCCUGGGAGCUCCCAUGGACAUUUUCUCCCUGGAGUGCUUUGCUUUCCUCUUCGGCCUCGGUGCCAGUGGCAGCCCAAAGCAUGGCCCCCUCCCAGGCUCUGCUGCACGUGUGCCUUUGGCAGGGAGCAGAGCUGGGAUCCAGGUCCUGGCAUCCCCCUGAGUGGGGCUAGCCCAUCUGCUUCAGGGGAUUCCCUUUCUUUUCGAGGGAGGGAAGUGAACCUCCUUGGCCUGGGAUCAUGGGGCUGCCUGCCUUCUCUGCUUCCAUUUUGAUGAUAAGCCUGUUGCUCAUCAGAUUUAAUUCCACUUUCGAGAGGAUUUCUGACAUUCCCAGGAUCGCUGCAGGGAAGGAACUGCAGAGGUCUUGGUGUGACAUGGCAAAUGAAGGAGAUUUACGGCCACCAUCCCGCAUCUCCCGUUUUUCCAUCUCCAUGCUGAGGAGCCGAGCUCCCGGCUCCCACAGAGCUGAGGCCUCCACAGCCUGCAGUGCCCUGGGACCAGCUCUGCAGGGCUGUGCCAUUUUGCAGCAGAUUACCAAAGAGGAAACAUCUGGAUAUUCAUCUCCUCCUGAUGCUCUGGUCACCAGGUUGGCAAAAAAAUCCAGUGGAUUUUCGCUUCCUGUAAGGGGCUCUGGGUGCUGUGCCUGGCACCCCAGUGUGGCAUGGGGCUGCUGGGGGUCUCUGCCCAGGACACUCCAAAGCAGCCUUUGGGCUGGGGUUCCCCUUGAGGUGACAAGUGGUCUUAGGGACAUGGGGUGAAUGAGCUCGUGUGAGCCCAGGCUCUGCUGCUGCCUCUCCUGGUCCCCCAGGUCCCAACCCUUGCUCUGUCACCUACCACAGAUGGAGGGGUGGAGAAGGACAAGCUGUGAGUAACCAGCAGUUGAUGGAGCAUAUCUGGGGUUGGAAUAGCAGGAUAUAGAGGUCCCAGAAUGGGAGAUGCCAUAUUUUCUGUCUGACAAGUCAUUACCCUUCUCUGUGCCUCAGUCUCACCAUCUGUAAAAUGGGGGUGAAGACACCAACCUACCUCACAGGGCUCAUGUGAGGACCUUGUGAAGCACUUGGAGGACAGCCAGUACUUCACAAACAUGUGCUUCAAUUUUUGCUGAGUCUGGGGGACUGGAUUCCCAGAGCCAUUGUGGGCCACAGCGACAACUGCGGCUCAGGGUGCCUGGCCCUCCUCCCCCUCCGCCACUAAACCCAUGGGGAACCACCCUGGGGAUAGAUCAUGCAAACAGACAUUGGCAAACAUCCCCUGCCAGGGCCUGAGGAUGCCCAAGCACCACCAUUGUGUUUUGUCUGUAGGCUUCAUCCCAAGGGAUUUAACUUGGAAACCAUUUUGCUAUCGGCAGCUUUUGGCUCUAAAUCUGUCCCAGGGGCUCCUGAGGCACAGGAAGGUUCCAGAAGGACCUUUCUGGGGCUACUUCAUUUCAGUCUCCUGCUGAGAAUCCAGAGCAGGACAGAUGCCCGGGCAGGAAUGGGUGGUCGGGCUCCAUCUAGGAUAUCACCACCUUCAGCCUGGAUUUGCUGAGUGGGCUUCUCUGUAAUUGAGAAGUCCCCCCUCUUCUCUUGCUCCUAAAUCCUCCCCUUGUAAAGCAGGAUUGGGGGGGGGGGGCACAGAGCAAGUUAUCGGAUUGUCCUCCUAUUUUAUACUAAUUUUAAGUGACUCUCAACAUUCAGGAUGUCUGUGGAGGAGGGCUUGAGGGAACUUUUUAGCAUCUCAUGUUUUUCACCAUCCACCCUUGUUCAAUCAGUAUUUUAUAUUUAACACAGUAUUGGGUCAAAUACAAACAAGUAUAAGGAAGAUAACGCUAGUGAAUAUUGUUUCCUGUGGAGUAGGAUUGAAAUAAAAACUCAAGAUACCUCA